UUACCAUAUUCCAUUUCAGUCCUUUAGUUGUAAAUAAUUUGCCAUAGUUUGACAACAGUUUUAGCAGAGUUGCAGAAAUGUAUUGUGCAUUGCAAAAAGCAAUUCUGAAGGCUACAUUUUCAACAAGUUGCCAGCAUGGCAGUAAAGUUGGCUUCAUUGGACUUGGCAACAUGGGUGGGCCUAUGGCUGAGAACCUCAUCAAAAAGGGACACAGUGUGGUGGUUUAUGACAUAAACAACGCAGCUGUAGAUCAACUGGUAUCAGCUGGCGCUGUUGCUGCAACAUCUCCCAAAGUUGUUGCAUCUCAGUGUGACCAGCUGCUGACAAUGCUGCGUAACUCGGAACAAGUGAUGCAGUGCUACUCUGAUCCUGACACUGGAGUGUUGAUGUCAGUGCAGCCUGGCACUCUCUUACUUGACAGCAGCACCAUUGCUCCUGAGGUCUCCAAGAAAGUUGCUGCUCUGGCCACCAACAAAUCUGCUGUGUACAUGGAUGCUCCUGUUUCUGGAGGAGUGAAUGCUUCAAAAGCUGGCAGCUUAACGUUCAUGGUGGGAGGCCCCGAGAAGGAGUUCACGGCAGCCAAGGAGCUAUUGUCAUGCAUGGGCAAGAACAUUGUACACUGUGGGGACGUGGGCACGGGUCAAGCUGCCAAGAUAUGCAAUAAUAUGCUACUUGCCAUCUCUAUGAUUGGAACUUCUGAAACCAUGAAUCUUGGCAUGCGCCUGGGCCUGGACCCGAAAUUAUUAGCCAGCAUCCUGAACACGAGCUCGGGACGAUGCUGGUCCAGUGACACGUACAACCCCGUGCCCGGGGUCAUGCCUGGGGUGCCUGCAUCCAACAACUACCAGGUGAGUGAGUUGCUGCAACCCUGUGCCUGGGGUGCCUGCAUCCCACAACUACCAGNCCUCGGGCUGGCGCUGGACGUGGCCGUGAGCAGCGCCACCCCCGCGCCCCUGGGCAGCCUCGCCCUGCAGCUGUACCGCAUCAUGGUGGGGCGAGGCUACGGCGACAAGGACUUCUCUUCUGUCUUCGAGUUCCUUCAGGAGCAGCAAUGAGCCUCUGACCUGCUCUUAUGACCUGCCCUCUGCUGACCUGCCCUCUGCUGAC